AUGAACAGCAGCUAUAGCUCUAGUGAUAAAGAGUAUAUUCGAGAUCCAAACACAAAUGAAUGCAAAGAAAAGGAAGAAAGCUCUGAUUCUAACGUAGAAAGUGAUGAUGAAUCAGAUAGUUAUGAUUCAAGCAAUGAAUCAAAGUCUGAAGAAAGCCAAGAGUCAAUAGAAGAACAUGAUGCUGAACAAGCUGAAGAGCCCUUAUCAUAUGUAGAGGCUAAAAUAAAAAAUAUCCCUUUUGGACUACUUUAUAAGACAAGCCUAAAGAACCUAGGCGAAUUGAUACAUCUAGACAAGCCAAGCCUCAUAUUGAUAAAAAACGAGUCCAGUGGGUUCAACUUCAAGCUAAACAAAAAUAAAGAAAAAAUUGAAGAUCUCUUAAGCGCCAUCGAGACAUUGAACGAACAGAUAGGAGCAAUGAAGCUUGGCAAAGAUGAAAACAUAAAAAACUUAAUUCAAAAACUCAAAAACUCUAAAAAUAUCGAAAUUUCAGAGAGAAUAAGCAAGCUACUAAGCUUUUAUUAUUGCGAAGAUUGCAAGAAGCCUAAAGAAGAAAUCCAACUAUCUUGUGGCCACAUUUUCUGCUCAAAAUGUUUAAAAGCCAGCAUACGUAAAGAAACUAAAGGAUUUCUGCUUUUAACUGAUGAAGAAAAGUUGUCCGGCGAGCCAAAAUGCCCAAGCUGCAAUUCUUCUUUUAGCCUCGACGACUAUAAAAAUGUAUUAAAAGAAAAGUUCGAGCAAGCUAACAAUUUUCUUGAGAUUCGAGAAGCUGAGCAAGAGAAAAACAAAGUCCACUUUGAGAAACAGCAAAAAAAUCAUAAAAAUAUGAAUAUUGAAGCAAAACAAAAAAGAAAAGAUGAUCCAAGUUGUGUAAUCAGAUGCAAAAGGUGUCUGAAGACAAAAGAGGUUGGCCAAUUUUUCAAUGACCCUUGUGAAUGCACUUGUAAAGAGUGUUUUUCACUAUUAGCUUGGGGAGGGAUGACGAGCUGCUAUAGUUGCGGCAAAGCCUAUAAUAGCAAUAUUUGCUAUUUAGAGGAUACUUGCGAUGGAUGCAAAAGAAAUGUUUAUAUUGUUGGAGAACAGCUUAAAUCAAUCUGCAAAUCGCAUAAGCACUGUAAUGAUUGCUUAAAUGAAGCCUAUGAAAGUAAAAAAUGCAAAAAGUGCAAAAAAAUACUGAACGCAAGCACACUUGCUGAAAUAAAAGAUAGUUUGUAUUUUAGAUGCUUCAGUUGCAAAGAUUUAUUACUAAGAGCUGAAAUAUAUCGUAAAGGUUGCUGCGUAAAUCAUACUUGCAACAAAUGUCAAAAUCGAAACGCUGCUUGCUUAGCAUGUAGAGAAGUUAUUGCUCCAGCUUAA